GAGAGAGAGGGAGAGAUGGGGGAGGAGGAGAGGAAGGGAGGAGGCGGCGAGGAGGAGGCCGCGGCCGCGGCGGCGCGCGUGGCGGAGCAGGCGCGGGAGCUGCAGGACGCGGCGGCGGCGCUGCUGACGCGGACGCGGGCCGAGGAGGAGGCCCUGCGCCACCGCGCCGCCGCGCUCCAGGCGGAGGUCCGGCGGCUGCGGAAGGCGGCCGCCGCCUCGCACGCCGACAGCGACAAGGUUGAGGAGGACUUGGAUCGAGCGACGUGCCUCAUCACCGACGGUGACGUCGCGUCGCUGCUCCCGAGCAAGACGCAUGGCGCUUUUCUGAAGAUGUUCUUGGGCCCAGUGAAUUUGCGUGCAACAAGGAAAGAGGUGCAGCUCAAGGUGAAGGAGGAGUACAAUAGCUACAGGGAUAGAACUGCCUUACUGUUUCUUGGUUUUCCGGUGAUUCUAUUGUUUCUUCGACAAUGGUUAUGGAAUGGAUGCUUUCCAGCACUGCCAGUUCAGCUAUACCAGGCUUGGUUGUUAUUUCUGUAUACAACUUUAGCUUUGCGUGAGAACAUACUGCGAGUUAAUGGAAGUGAUAUCCGUCCUUGGUGGAUACUCCAUCACUAUUGUGCCAUGCUGAUGGCUCUUGUAAGUCUGACAUGGGAGAUAAAGGGACAAUCACAACCUGAUUGUCCACGUAAACAGAGAGGCGUGGAACUUUUUCUGUGCUGGGCCAUUAUGCAAGGAUUUGUCAUGAUGUUGCAGAAUAGAUAUCAGCGUCAAAGACUAUAUACUAGGAUUGCUUUGGGGAAGGCUAAAAGAAUGGAUGUCGUAUGGGGAGAGACUGCCGGUGUUGAGGGUCAAUUGUUGCUGUUGUGUCCUCUUCUUUUUCUCUUGCAGGGAUUCGAGGGUUAUGUUGGGUUUUUACUUCUUCGUACAGCUCAUACUGGCGUCAUCCCUGAGUGGCAGGUUGUGGUCUGUGGGAUCCUGCUGAUUGCAAUGGCGAUUGGUAACUUUGCAAACACAGUUGACACCUUGAUGGCUAAGUCCAGGUUCAAAGCAAAGAUGAAGAAAUCGAGGAGCAAACGGGAUCUGGAUACAUGCCCCUCACCUACAGGUUCAUCACCGACAGCCAAAGCUUGAAAAGGACAAGAGGAGAAGCAUGAGCAUCGCCCGCGUUUAACCAGGGCUUGUUACCGUUGUAAAGCAUUAGUGUUUUUUGGCCAUCAGCUCCUAAUCCUGACUGUGUCAAAGCUUAUCAUACUCAUGUAAUCAUCAGACAACUAGGUUGCUGAUGGUCCUAGGCUGAAGGUGAUCGAGAAUAAACUCUUGGUGUUUGUUUAUACUUGUCCUGAACAUCGAGUGGGCUAGGUGUACUUAGGAUUGUAAGACUUAGCAAAAUUUUCCCGGUAUAGUUGUCGUGAGACGUGUCACAAUCAAACAUGUGAAGUUGUAUACAAGCUGUGACCUUGCUUAUUCUCUCUUCGAUA